AGACUCCUUUCCGACUUCUACUGCUGGCCUGGGUCCUUUCAUCUACAAUGUCGCCUCUUACCACAAGGCCGAUCCACUUUGGGACCUUUUUGGUCAAUUCCCAAGUCUUCCAUCUCACACCGUUAUCAUAUGCAUUGGUCAAUCUCAAGCCAAUUCUCCCUGGACACGUUCUAGUUUCUCCUCUGCGCGUGGUUCCACGAGUUGCGGACCUUACACAAGCCGAAGCAGCCGACCUUUUCUUGACCGUUCAGCGCGUGAGCCGCAUGGUGGAGCGAGUCUUUCGGGCGUCCAGCAUAAACAUCGCCAUCCAAGAUGGUGUCGAUGCCGGCCAGAGUAUACCUCAUGUCCAUGCGCAUAUCAUCCCUCGGCAGCGCGCGGAUCUAGAUUCCAGAGGGGGUGGGGAUGCUAUCUACCGCUUGUUGGAAAGCGAAGAGGGAGACGUGGGCAAACAUCAGUCAGAACAACAGAAGUACCGUGAGAGGGCGAAGUUUCCUGCUGUCGAUGCCGAUGAAAACCGAAAACCGCGGUCUGAGGAGGAGAUGAGAAAAGAGGCGGAGUGGCUGGCAUCUGAGAUGCAGAAGGAACAAGAGUCAUAAAAAAAAUCACAAAGGAUUCAAAUCUGCUCUAUGGUGUUUUUGGGAGGCCUACGAAGCGCCUAAGAGACCUGCCAGAGGCUCCCAGAUGCCCGCAUGCUACUUUUGCAACGACGGCUAGCUUGCGACCAGCAACCAUCGGCGCAUUACCCUGCCAUACUUCUCUUCAAAAAUAAGAAUCAAGUCGAGAUUAAUACCGACAUAUGAUAGAUACCCUAAUACGGAUCGGAGGUCGUUUCACAUCUACUACCUAGUGGGUAGUCUGCGCAUAUUCCCAUGGCCUACAUUGAUCCUCCGAUCAGGCGCAAAAAGAGAGGAUGAUGGUGUAAAUAGACUUUAGGGACGCUG